AUGGGAGAAUUCCACGAUGCGGUCACCAAGUUGCUAGGGGCGUUUUCAUGUGGAAUAUCGAUGAUCAAAGCUCAGCGGCGGAAGAAAGAACAAAUCCCCAUCGAUUCGACAAGUAAGAAGGCCGAGACACACCUCAGCAAGUCAUUGAAGAAGAAUCGAUUGGAGGUAGAAAAUGCUUAUGGUGAAGAUUUGGUCCGUUAUGGUCCCAGCUUUGCUGAUGGAGAUGCUGAAGCACAUUCAUCGCUCUCAAAAAUCUUGUUUCGUCUGAAUGCUGUUAUAAAACGCUUCACUACGGGAAAGACUACGAAUACCGACUACCAAGCUCUGUUGAAUUUAUCCAAUGCCUCUCGUAUAGAAGCUAUCAACACAUUCGAGCAACUCUCUCAACGUCUCUCUCGAUCUUCACUGGCAUUGGUCCCCCUAAGCCCUGCUAUGAAAGAGGCCAGUCAACGACAUCGCCACCGACGAAAGAAGUCUUCUACGUCCUCCAAUCCGAAGCACACCCGCUCCAAAAGCGCUCCCGAGCUUUCAGUCACGCCACAAGGCUGGGUCCGCCUAAAAACAGUAAGGAAACAAUCCUCGGAUUCAACAAAGUCGUCGAAGACUUCAGGUUCAUCAACUCCUAAACAAUCAACGUCCAAAUCUCAGACAGCACAGGCUCUUUCUUCACCCUCAAAACAUUCACCAAGACCUCGCCAGGCACAGAUUGCAGACGUUCCAUACUCUAACUCUAAAGAGAACGAGCAAAUCACUCCUCCACCGCAGUAUACCGCAUUCCCAGCGGAGCCGCUUCGCAAUUCUCGACGAGCGGACAACAGAAAAUCAUUCAUGUCUUUUGCAUCAGAUAGCACCAAAAUCGGAGAGAUUCCUGAACAUAGGUGGGCUCAGACAGCAGCGAUGCAGGCUGGGAACUAUCCAAUGACGACCUAUUAUCCGGUAGAGCCUUACCAAGAGCCAGAGAAGCAGAGGUCGAGACUCAUGAAGCUCUUCAGGAGGUAG